UAUAGAGCCAGUGAGCACUGUCUGGCAUCCUUGUAGGAAUUGUGGGAGGAAGUUUUCAAGAGAUUAUAAUCGAGAUGUCCAUGAGAGGAUUUGCAACGCUGUAAAGCCCUUGCAAAAAAACACCAGCAAUUCUGGCAACUCAAACAUGCAUCCUUGCAGGAAUUGUGGAAAGUACUUUACAAGGAGUGAUAAUCGGAAUUUCCAUGAGAAGACUUGCAACUCUGCCAAGCCCUUGCAAAAAAACACCAUAGAAAUUAGGACCAGUAGCAGGGACAAGUUGCAGCACAAAUGCCCCCACUGUCCAAGCAAGUUCAAGUACAGAAGUUUUCUCCUGAGACAUAUUGGGUCACACACUGGAGAAAAAUCAUAUCCAUGCAUGCACUGUGGUCACAGCUAUGGAAUCCAAUCACGAUGCUUACAGCAUGAAGCUUUCUGUGAUGGUGUUAAUAGACAAAAGCCACCAAGCGCCAGCCUUAGUGAAUAUAAGUGCAAUAUCUGCACAAAAAUCUUCAUGAAAUCCCGAAACUUAAGGCGGCACAUCCUAACGCACACAGAGGUAAAGCCAUAUCGCUGUAAAGCCUGUGACAGCUGUUUCUCCAGACAUGAUCAUCUAAAACUGCACCAGAGUCGCUGCAAAGGGAAAAGACGACGUUUAGAGGUUCGCAUUGCCAAAGUUAGUCUUGCAGAUGUUGGAAGGGGCUGGCAAAAUAACCUGAACAUUACCGAUUCAGGAAAGCAACAAGGGUUUGACUGCAACAUAUGUUCAAAGAUCUUCCCCUCUCACAGCAUUAUGUCCCGACAUAUUGCCAUGUCGCAUGCUAUAAGAACCGUCAGUUCAUUUACUCACGAAAAAUCACUGAAGAGACACAUUGGUGCAUGUCAAAGAUUUUACGCAAAAACAAAGCUUUCAGAAAAGCUAAAUGUUACAAGCCCACCAUCUAGAGAGACAAACAGACUUCUACAGAGGAUCCAGCUGCAAUAUAAAGACAAACGCAAAUUCAAAUGUACCUUUUGCCCUCGCCUUUUCAAAAGUGGUGAGCAAUUGAGGGUGCACACCCGCUUGCAUACAGGGGAGAAACCUUUUGGAUGUUCUAAUUGUGGUGAAAGAUUUAUCCGUAGGGACUACCUGCAGCGCCAUUUGAACAGGUGCAAAGGGGAACCUCUUGACAGAGUGCUUUGUGACAGAUGUGGCGACGUAUUUUCGCAAGACGAACUCGAGAACCAUCAACUAACAUGUGUUGUCAAGUGUAAAUCACCUGCCCGUAGUCGAACUGAGUCCACUACUCGCAGUCCCCCAAAAGGGUUCUCCUGUGCUAAUUGCAGUGCCCGCUUCCUGCUGUUCUCACAGCUCCAGCAACACUUUCUCAACACGCAUAGAGACACUCCUGCAAAUCAGGCUUCACCUCUAGAGGAGCAGUUGUCUAGCAUGGUGAACAUAAAAGAGGAGCCUAUGGAUGAAGGAUAUGGUGACACUUGGCAGAAUAGUGAUAACAAUCUCAUGCUUGAUCAAGACGGUGAUCCAAACGAUAUGAACAAACCCAUUAAAUGUCCACAGUGCAACUUGCACUUUGGAAAUAAGGGUGGAUUUUCCAGACACAUGCGUACACAUUUAGGAGAGUACCCAUUCAACUGCAAGAAAUGCAAUAAAGGCUUUUGGAACAAAAACUUAUGUCGGAAACAUGUAAGGAAAUGUAGACUUUUAAAGGUCACGAAGGAAGAAGUUAACACGGACUCUGUAAUUACUUCAGAGCUGGAUCCCACUCUUAAAGAGACUGUCCUAGUCUUCGACCAAGGUUACAAAACAACAGGCACUGGGGUUUUGCAGACUAAUUUCUCCUGCAAAGAUGACUUGAAGGAUUUAACACUGCAGAAUUCCUCUGGAAAUCAAGGCAAAGGAAGAUCUUCCCAUGAUAGAAGACAUAGUGGUCAACAAGUCCCAGGCAACAAGUACCAGUGCUCAGAGUGUGAUAGAAGUUUCACAGAUGGGCUUCUGCUCAUCAGCCAUUUAGAGGACCAUGGGCGGGAGGAGCUAGAAAGAAAAAGAAUCUGCCAGCCUUGUGGUAAGACGUUUGCUAAUCCUUCAGACCUAGCAAGGCAUAUGAGAGGCCACUGGAAUGAGAAGAUCUUUUCUUGCCCACAAUGUCCACAGACUUUUCCCUGUCCUUCUGACCUUGACAUCCAUAGAACUUGUCAUGACUCAAAUAGACCAUUUGUCUGCAAAGAGUGUCAACAAAGGUUUUGGACUAGUCAAUCUUUAGAAAACCAUCAAAGCCAAGCUCAUUCAAAAGAACUAAUUCAUACAUGCCAUGUCUGUAACAAGAACUAUUCAAUCAGAAGUUCACUUGUUAAACAUAUUAGGAUGAAGCAUCAAACCCAGAAGAACAUGGAUGUUGUUAUCCACGUGAAGGAAAAGGAGACUGCAGUGCCAGAGAAAUUUGACAUGGACGUUGAUGUGGAUGGAGGAAGUAAUGCAAGUAAUGAUGAAGAUGAAAAUGAUGCUAAUGAAGACAAUGACUCUGACUCUGCUGACUUUCCCUGCCAUGUCUGUGGGAAAACGUUCACCACAUCAGAAAGCCUUGAGGAUCACCAACGCUGUCACCUCGGUGAAAAACCUCAUGAGUGUGCAGAAUGUGGCAAAUGUUUUUUCCAGGCAGGGCAACUGCAACAGCACCUUCGGAGCCACAAGUCUGAGUAUCAGUGUCAAAUAUGUGGCAGAGGCUUUGUCUCACUCUUUGCCUUACGCAAACACAAGCAUACUCAUGGAAAGAGCCGUCAACACCGUUGCUCCAAGUGCCCGCUCAGCUUCACAGGGCCCUCGCAGCUGGCAGAGCACAUGGGCACCCACCGUGAUGACAAUUUCCCUUGUGAUAUAUGUGAUCGCACAUUCUCCUGCAAGAUGAGUCGGGCAGAGCACCGGAAAAUCCACACUGAGACAGAGGAUGUUCCACCAGAGAGGACUGCAUCCCCCUCUCAUACAGCCUCUUCCUCUACAAUGAAACACCUUCAAUAUCGUUGUGGGGUUUGUAAUGAACGUUUCAAAGAACCAGAACAACUGUCUGAGCAUGGGUGCCUGGCUGCCAGAGAGCGACCUUAUUCAUGCCAUGAAUGUAAUAAGCAUUUCUUGCAAGCGUCUCACUUAAAUAAGCAUGAGCUCAGUCACUACCAAAUACCACAAUCAUACGUGUAUCGGUGCAAUCAAUGCCACAUGAGUUUCAACUACCGUCACAAUUUUGUCAGUCAUUUAAAUGAACACGGUGACGAUGAGGCUGCAGCAGAAGCUCUGAAAGGAGGCUCAGUGACAAAUGCUUGGGAAACUGUUUCAGAGAAGAGAACCAUUUACAAAUGCCCAAUUUGCCCUCACAGGUUUGCUCAUGCCAUAGAAUUGGCAAGUCACCUUUCAAUACACUCAGAGAACACAUUUGCUUGCAGUGUUUGCAAGUUGACAUUUCCCAACAAAAGCAAGCUUGAAGAACAUGAGCGGAGCCAUCUGACUGCUGCAACACAAUACGAGUGCACUGAGUGUGGUCAGAGCUUCUUGGGUAGUGAUUUCCCCCAGCACCACUGUGCACGUCGGCAACAUGCUGUUAUAGACCAUGAACGCCCACAUCUGUCUAAUAGACAGUCAAUGGAGGAAGAGCUGGAUGUUGGGGGGGACUUCUUUAAUUGUACUGUCUGCUUAAUGCGAUUCUCUUCUCGCGGUAGUCUCCAGCAGCAUCUAAACAAAGAGCAUCACAAUGAACGGCCAUUCAAGUGCCAGUCUUGUGGAAAGACCUUUGCUCUGAAGAGAUAUCUCAGAGACCAUGAGCGAAGACAACAUAAGUUUGGCACUGAACGAGCCCAUCCGACAUACAAAGCCACAGACAGUGAGAGCCAGUACAAGUGCUCAGUUUGCCCCAAAACAUUAACCUCGGCACACGACCUGUCAUUGCAUAUGAAAGUGCACACCGAACAGGAAUCUGGAGGAGACCACCGUUGUGACAUGUGCUACAAAUCAUUCAGUCGACUGUCUCUUCUCAGGCAGCAUCAAGAAAGUCAUGUUGGGCAAGUUGUAUAUGAAUGCACAGAGUGUGACAAAGCGUUUGCUUUCCCACAUCUUCUAGAGGAACAUCAAAUGUCUCAUGCUGCUGGACCAUAAGUAUUUUUCCCACCCUCAAAACCUCCCACUUAACUAAAUGUAAAAAGACAAGUUGGACAAUGGACAUAGAAAAGACCUCCUGCCUCACUGAUUGAUUGUGUUCAAUUAUCCAAUGAACUCAGUCAUGUCAUAGAAGUUUUCUUUUUCUGGUGCUGUUUGCAGUCAACAAGCAAUUUUAUGUUCACACUUCCAUCUUAAUCGUUUAAAGUUUUUGAUUGGCUCACAAGAUGCUUAACUGUAUUUUUACCCCAUGUCUUCUCAAAUGUUUGGCCUACAACCUGGUUCAUGGAAAGGUUUAGAUUAUAUUUACAGAUUUCCUCCUAUUUUAACAUUUUAUAUCCGGUCAGAACUGCAGUUCAUUGAUACAAUUACCUUUCCAUAGAGCACUAAUUUGUAAUAACCUCCAUGUUCAAUUGUAUAUAGUUGUUUAAAUGUCUUAUGUGCCCUGAAUGCAAUUAUAUGUUUCAGUUCACAUUACACAAAGUGAAAUGUAAGCUUUUGACAAUGGAAUACAUUCCUGACUCUGAAGAAGUGGAAUGGGCUGUCAUUGACAGUUUUAGGAAUCCAUAUUGACCAGUUUCAAUUCUUUUUUUUUUGCUUGCUAAUCCAUUACUCUGCCUAACCUUCUAAACAUAUUAUCACUUAGACUUUAAUAAUGACGUGGGAUACUUUUAGCCAUGUAUGAUCCAUGUAGCUCUUAUAAACAUUUGAAAACUUUCCAAAUCUAAAACCACAGCGUUGUAUAUUAUGUAAAUAUUACAUGAUCGUAAACCAUUUAAGUAUUUGACAUGAAAUUGACCAUUGUUGUAAGCUAUUCAUUUUCCCUGUGUUAAACAUUCUAUCAUUCAUUCAAAUGCCUUAAAUAUGUGUUUUGGAUGUAGUAGUUCAAGGGCAACAUUUGUUGACAUUUUUUCCUUAUUGGGUGUUACUUUUGUAUGAAUGGUGUUUCAAUCAAAAGACAAACAAAAUAAACCAGUCAACUGGU